GUUGGAGUUUAUUUCUUUUUCAAUUCGUUUGAAAUAUACUCUUUUCUAUCUUACAGACAAAAUUCCAACUUGUUUUUUCCAAUCAAGAAUGAUUCCAAUCAGUCAGCGGUUUGUCGCUUCGCAGUCUGCCCGGUCAUGCGCGCGCGCGCUCAGCACCUCGCGUCUCGUGCAGUCCCACAUCGGCAGCUCCCCGAUCAAAUACACAAGCGAAGUGAAAAUCCAGCACAUCCCCACAGCCUUCAGCACCACUGACUCGCGCUUCUUCGAAAGACCACGCUCCAGCGUGGAGAACAGCGAGUUGAAGAGGCAGAGGCAGAUGUGGGGCACGACUCGGGCGCUGAUUAACAAUUGUGUUACAGGUGUGACUGAGGGGUUUAGCGCUACUUUGAGGUUUGUCGGUGUCGGUUAUAGGGCUGCUUUGGAGGGCGGGAGGCUGGCGUUGAGGCUCGGGUACAGUCACCCAAUUAGCAUGGAGAUUCCCGAGGGACUCAAGGUUACGGUGCCGGUGCCUACGCGUGUGCUUAUCAGCGGGUCGGAUCUGCAGCAAGUCAAGCUGUUUGCUGCAAAGGUCCGCGAGUGGAAGAAGCCCGAGCCGUAUAACCAGAAGGGUAUUUUUAUCAACGACGAGACUAUCCGCAAGAAGGAUGGCAAGAAGAAGUAAUUUUUAUAUAUACUUGAG